AUGCCGAGAAGUACUAAUCCUGUUGAAAGUAAAAGGAUAAUGAUGGACUUACGGAUAUUAUCUCGAGCUUAUGACUGUCCUCACAUUGUUCACUCUUAUGGUUACAUAAUUACAGAGAAUGAAGUUAUGAUAUGUAUGGAAGCAAUGGCUACUUGUCUGGAUUUGCUACUAAAACGAACGGGUAAUGCGCCAAUUCCUGAACCUAUUGUCGGGAAAAUGUCUGUCAGCGUGGUAAACGCGCUCCAUUAUCUCAAACAAAAUCACAAUGUCAUUCACCGUGAUGUGAAACCUUCUAAUAUACUAUUGGACUGGAAUGGUGUGGUAAAACUUUGCGACUUUGGCAUUAGUGGUUUUCUGAUCGAGAGCAGAGCCAAGUCCAAAGGAGCAGGGUGUCCUCCAUAUAUGGCCCCUGAAAGAGUGCGGGUAACUGUACGUCUUGAUCUCAUUACUGUUCAAGCAGUGCACGUUUAUACACAGGAAGAUACACCUUAUGAUAUACGCAGCGAUGUUUGGUCGCUUGGUAUAACGUUGGUGGAACUUGCAACGGGACAUUUCCCAUACAAAGGAACCGAUUUCCAAAUAAUUUCUUCGAUUCUCGAGUUCCCGAGCCCAUCUUUGAAGCCAUCGGAUGGCUUCACACUAGAAUUUUGUGAUCUAGUCGAUCUGUGCUUAAGGAGGAAUGUUGAGGAACGACCAGUAUAUACUGUUAUCCUGGUUAGACUUUUGCAGAUCACAACUUUUGAGAGACAUCCAUUCAUCGUGAAGAACGAAAAAGCAGACACAGAUGUUUCGGAAUGGUUUAGCGAGAUCAUGACGACAACAUAA